GCAAACUCGUCACUUCUAACUAUCCUCACCGGCAAAUAAGCAUGAAGGUCUUCAUACUUUUGGCGGUAUUUGGCAUCGGCUCCGUGCUCGGAGGAGGCAAGUUUUUCCUGAAGAGCGAUUACUACCGCGCAAUGGGCUGGUGCGUGCAUGGGGGCAGUAGGCUACACAUCGGGGACUUCAACGGCGAUGGCAGAUCAGACAUGAUGUGUCAUGAUCAUAGCGGAAGCAUCUGGGUCUCACUCGCCGACGGCAAUGGACACUUUACCAAGACCUCGUGGCACAACAAGAACUUCAAAUGGUGUGGACAUCCGGGAUCGAAGCUCUACACCGGCGACUUCAAUGGCGACGGGAGAUCUGACAUUCUGUGCCAUGAUCAUGUCGGUAGUGUGUGGACCAGUCUUGCUACCUCGGGUGGUUCUUUCACCGGAAGCUCAUGGAACCGCGCCAAGUGGUUCUGUGGGCACCAGGGAAGUGAGCUUCACAUCGGAGACUUCAACGGCGAUGGACGCUCAGAUAUCCUCUGCCAUGACCACAGUGGUAACAAGUGGAUCUCCUACGCCCAGUCUAAUGGUGGAUUCAAUAAUAAAAUUGACUGGCACAAGGCGAUGGGUUGGUGCUACCACCAGGGAUCCCAGCUCUUGAUCGCUGACAUUAAUGGCGAUGGCAGAGAUGAUCUUCUGUGCCAUGAUGCCAACGGCUACAAGUGGGUGGCCUUGGCCAACUGUCACGGACAAUUCACAACCACCUCUUGGCAGAAGGGAAUGAAUUGGUGCGUCGGCAAGAACGCCUUUCUCAUGACGGGCCGAUUCAAUGAUGAUGCGCGCGCAGAUCUGUUCUGCCACCAAUCACAUUCAGGCAUGAACUGGAUCGCCCUCGCAAGGCAUGACGUCCAUAACUUGUUCACGGGGACUGACUGGACGAACUUCAAGUGGUGUGGGAUGACCGGGGAGGUUUACUCUGGUGAUUUCAACGGCGACGGCAAAGAUGAUAUUUUGUGCCACGAACCCCACUCGGGCAAGAAGUGGAUCUCGUUCAACCGACACCAGAUCUGAGUACAUUCAGCAUAACAUAACGUGACUACUGAGCUAGCAUCUUUUGAUAAUCCAAACAAAUAAAAUUUGCACUCAAGUUUGUCACUCA